UUGCAGUCUGUUUCCAACAAUGUACUUGAUGUUAAAGAGUGUGGUGUAGACAGUAGUUACGCUAGUCGUCGGGAGUCAUUAAGUUCAGAAAUGGCUGGUUUGGCUGCACCUGAUGACAGUCGUGUCCUAACUCUUGCUGAGCAGAUCAUUGCCGCUCUUCCCGAGAGAAUCAAGAGUGAUGGAGAAGAGCUGAUGCAGUUGGAGCCAAGCCCUGUUGCCCCAGAACCUCCGUCAUCCGAUCUGGACAUGGAAGUCAUAUUGGAUGAGCCGCCAGACACAACAUCAGAGUUCAACUUCGAAUUCUCUGAUAUCUCGUCUUACAGGUGCGUCAGGCUUUUAUAUCAUGUUAAAGUUUGCUUUGUAAAUAUGGCUAUAGAAAUUGAAGUCCAGCCUCGUCCAGCUGCUUGCCCUCACCUGCCUCCUUCACUCUGGAGAGCCCCUCACCCCCCCACAACGGCAGACUUCUCUGAGUUCUUUCAAGCCUCGACCAAAGACUUCUCCAGAGACUUUUCUAAUCUUACUCUCUCAGACCGUGAGCAGCGGGAAUUAUAUGAGGCUGCAAAAACAAUUCAAAAGGCCUAUAGGCUUUAUAAGGGACGCAAGAGACUCCAAGAGCAAGAUAAAGAAAGACAAGCAGCCAUAGUCAUUCAGAAUUAUUAUAGACGUUACAAACAGUAUGUGUAUUUUAGACAAAUGAGCAGAGCUGCAACACUCAUUCAGAACCAGUUUCGGUCUUACUGUGAACACAAGCGCUUCAAGAAGAGUCUCGAAGGUGGCACUCAUACUGGUGUAAAUUUUUCGCUGAGAGGAUCCAGAGAGACAAACACCAUACCAACAUUAAAACGAACAUACUCACAGCGAAGGCAACAUCAAGCUGCUCGAAAAAUUCAGCAGUUUAUGCGCCAGACAAAGCAAAAAUUACAGAGAGAGCGAGCGCAGGCGGCAGAAAGAGAGAAAGUGGGCCAGGCGGCGGGCCCGGGGUGCCAGGGACCAGCAGUGGGGGGAACAGCAGCAGUGGGGGGGGCAGCAGUCACAGCACAGCAGCCUCUCCCUCCCCCGGCCCUUCUCCACCAGCUCCCUCCAGUACGGGCGGGCCCCUCAUCGGAGCUCUCCCUCCGCGACACAGACCCUUUACUCUCGAGCACAGCCCAUGCACCUGACCAAACUGACCAUCAGGACUGUCAUUGAAGCUAUUGGAUGG